UCAAUCCUCGCCGCGUGUCCGUCGACCCGGACUACAAUCUCGAUCUUUUUCUUCCCUUUAAUUUCUCUUAACCCUUUCGCUUAUUCCACUUGUAAUCAUUGAUCAUAAUUAUCAUCAUCAUCAUCAUCAUAAUCGUUCAUCGAUUAUCGUUCAACACGUUACUGUCGAAUACGACAUUCGCGCGGUGUUUUCCCAUAAAAAAAAAAAAAAUAAAAAUAAAAAUCAAGGAAUCUCGGACAAUAAACGACUCGACAAUAAAAAUGAGCCGUGUAAUGUUAUAGUUCGUGUGCGUGUCUUUUUUUUUUAAUACACGAUCAUCGUUGUUCGUACACGUCCAAAUUAAAUCCGAAGAAUUGGAGGAAAUAAAAAAAUCAACAAUUUCUGUGACAACGGCAAAAAGGAUUCUAUGACGAAGUUUGACAGAAGCAACAAUAACAACGACGACGAUGACGACGACGACGUUCGAUCGUUUAGAAAUAGGAUCAAAGUGAUUUAUUUUGCCUACCACGCGAUCGAGAGAACUGUUAUCUUGACGAGAUAACGCGCCAACGAAAAUACGAAGAAGAAGAAAAAGAAGAAGAAGAAAAAAUCCCACGUGAUUUACUCGAGAUCUUUUCAAAUUUCUUCGAGACAAUUUUUCUCUUUUUCUUUUGAAGAUUCGAAUGACUCGAUCAUCGAUAAUUGCAUUAUUAUUAAGUGACAGUAAAGGAAACAAAAAAACAAAGAACAACGAUCGAAGAGAAACUAUUUGAGAGAAGACGUCCAACACGUGUACGGACAAUGCCUUUGCAAAACGUCCGUCCUAAGACGGAAUGGAACUUUAAGAGGUGAACUUUCACGUGGCCUACUUCGGUAAAGUCCUUCGUGACUGGAGGGCACGCAAGAAUGUCCAAGAGAUGACUGGACAGUGAAAGAAGGUGCGGUGGCUCCUGAGUUUGCUGUCACCGUAGCUUCGUUUAGCAGGAAUGGAGGUAAACGGGACUCAGAGUAGCCUGAACGGCACCGAGGUCAAUCGUACGACAGCACCAAUCUUUACCAUUGGCACCGACUUUAUUACACGGUGGAAACUGAAAAGACAACGAGAACGUCUAUGUCGAUACGUGUACAAUCAGAUUUUGACAGCGGAAUGUACCCAAUUGAAUGGAACUUGGCCUGAUCCUGACGAUCCACGUUGGAGUAGUGGUGAAUACGGGGAACUUUUGCCCGAAUGGUUUCCAACAAAUGCAACCAAUACCACGAUACCAGGAAACGUAACAACCCCAUCGUCACUGGAUAUAGCACCUGUAUUACCACCCUUCGAGCUCUGGCAAACGGUCCUGAUAGCUAUAUGUUUAGCAAUAUGUAUAUUACUAACAGUGGGUGGUAAUAUUCUUGUAUUAUUGGCAUUUAUCGUCGACAGAGCCAUCAGACAGCCUAGCAACUAUUUCAUCGCGUCAUUAGCUGCUACUGACAUGCUCAUCGGUACAGUCUCUAUGCCAUUCUAUACGGUAUAUGUUCUAAUGGGCUAUUGGAACCUUGGACCUCUACUCUGCGACCUAUGGCUAUCCGUAGACUACACCGUCUGCCUUGUGUCACAGUACACGGUCCUUUUGAUUACGAUCGAUCGCUUUUGCUCGGUGAAAAUUGCUGCGCAAUACCGCAGUUGGCGAACAAAGAAUCGCGUCAUCUGGAUGGUUACUAUUACUUGGAUAAUACCAGCACUUCUAUUUUUCAUCAGUAUAUUUGGUUGGGAACACUUCAUCGGUUACAGGGAUCUUAAUCCGGGACAGUGUGCUGUGCAAUUUCUCAAAGAUCCAGUGUUCAAUACUGCACUUAUCAUUGGUUAUUAUUGGACAACGUUAAUCGUUCUUUUCAUUCUAUACGGAGGAAUAUAUAAAACUGCGUAUGACAUGCAAAAGAAAAGUGAAAUGAAACAGAGAAAAAUGCAAUCGAUGGUGGCAUUGAGCGCAGGUGCAAUGUCUGGAAUGGCUGGUCGUGCGGCCGGUAUAGGUAUGUCAAAAACUCAAAGUACCUUGUUGAGUCAAGAUAAGCCAAGAGUGAGCUCGUCGGGGGGUCAAGAAGAUAAUACAGCUGGUGCCGAUAGCGGACAAAAGUCAUCUAAAGUUUCGGGAUCCGGUGGAACGGAGGAUGCUGCGGACAAGGUUACCUGUGCAAGUACGAUGCCUACGGAAACUGAGAAAUCUGAACGAUCUAGUAGUCCGGCCUUCGAUUCCGACGAAGAAAGUACCGUCGGACCAACUCAACAACUGAGUAAUGUUAAGAAACGUACGUCUUUAGCUGGUUUGGUCGUUCAAUCUGGCGCGCUUCAAGUAUUUGCCACAAAUGGUCGAUUGAACGGCAUAGUACCUGUUAAGAUUGAAACAAACGUACCACCAAACACGAAAAAAAUCUUACCGGCGACUACUAGUCCUAUAUGCGAAUCUAGCACGAUGACACAGAAAGGCCAAACACUGCCGAAGAUACAGGAGCUUAGUCUUCUGGAUACCGAUAAUCCAAUCGAGCCAGACAAAUCUAGUAGUCAAACAUUAACCCCAGAACAAUCAUUAAAAUCUAUCGACGUUUGUAGUAACAAACAUACGACAACGUCGAACGAGGAUGCAACGCCACCAGUUCAAAGCCAACAAAUUUCGUUGAAUAGUUCUCAACAAAAUAUCAUACCACCACCAACGCAAUUUCAAAGUAGCCCACCUAUAACGGAAAGUCCUUCUACCUCGUCGUCAGGUGAAAGACCAAAAUCCUUGGUAGUUUCUAGUCAUGGUCAAGGUACUUACGAUAUUUUAACUGGCCUCGAUGGUGCCGAUUUGAGGUACAUGGACGAAAGCUCGGUCAUUCUUCCGAGCCCUUCAUACGAAAGUCCACCAUCAUCUUUCUCGUGUAGUUUAGCCAAUCCUCUUUCUACCGCACCAUCGUCGCCUAUUCUCUGUAAUGCAGUUUCUACGGCAACUACGACUAGUUUGUUGCAAGCUGCACUCCUACGAGCUACUCAACAAGCUGGUUCCAAUCAGAUAAAUCUAUCGAACAAACAAACUCAACAGCAAUUACCAGCAAUGUCGAAUGCCUCAAGUCAAACACAUCCACCUCGUGUAUUUAUCACUCAACAGACUAACGCAGCAUCUCAAACAUCUCCUACGGUUAGCAAAGUGCAUACUGAGGUAACCGUCAAAGCAGAAAAUACUAAACGUCAACCAGUUACAACUGUGAUUAAUACCGCAAAAACUAUUGUUGAAUCAUCUAACAGUACGACCGAGAGAUUUUCUGAUCAAGCUACAGAAAGAUUAUCCGAUCAAGCGACCAAGAUCAGCAAUAAUCCACCACAAAAUUCAUCAUCGAGUAGUAUGGUACCAACGAUUUCUGGAACAGACGGACAAGAGACGAAAAAACAAUCGAAAAAGAGUAAAACCGAAAAUGGGGAAGAAGGUGGUUCCAGAAGAGAUUUUGUUAAAACCAUCGGUAAACGAUUAAAGGCAAAAACUCAGAGAAAUCCGACAAUGGCACGGCAAAAGUCAAGAACGGAAAACAGAGCACGCAAAGCUUUCAGAACUAUUUCUUUUAUUCUUGGAGCUUUUGUUGCCUGUUGGACGCCCUAUCACAUUUUGGCUUUAGUCGAAGGCUUUUGUACAAAUCCUCCGUGCACGAAUGAACAUCUCUUCAUGUUCUCCUAUUUUCUGUGCUACGCAAACAGCCCUAUGAAUCCUUUCUGCUAUGCUUUGGCUAAUCAACAAUUUAAGAAAACCUUUACGAGAAUACUUAAAGGUGAUCUGCACAUGACGUAAAUAAUUCAUCGCUCGUCUCAUAUAUAAAGUAUAAUAUUAUAAUAGUAUGUUGUACCUAUUUUUGCUUGAGAAUAUGGUAUAAGCUAUAGAAAAUGAAAAUGAAAAAAUAAAAUAAAAACUUGACUUUAAGGCCUUCCAUAAAGCGUACCGAAAUAUUCCCAUUUAUCGUAAUGGCGAUUAAAGCGGACAAUAAUUUAAUCAAACGGCGGACUCUCGUGGAAAACAAAAAUUAAAUGAAUGUAAACGAGCUUCUUGUAUAUAGAUAAUUAAAAAAAAAAAGAAAUAAAAAAGAAAAAAAAGGAAUUUUUUCGUUGACAUCUAUAUUCGGGUGUACAUAUUGUAUAUGUGUGAAUAUUUGUUAAAAAAAAAAAAAAAAAAAAAAAAAAAAAAGGAAAAAAUAAUAAUUAAUUAAGCCUUUGAUGUAUACUGUCAGUGUAAGCUCGAAAACAUCGACUUUUGCGAUGAAAGAAACACACGUGCUUUGAUAGCACAACUGAAAGGAACGUAAGGUAUACAUAAUUAUAGUUAUUUCUUAAUUAAAACUGUACAGAAGUGAACGUCGAUAUGUUGCUACGAUGUUUCCUUGGUCAUGCGAUUAAAUAUUCUUAGAUGAGAAAGUAAUUUAACCCUUUCGCUACGGGCGUAUUUUACGCGGUGCUACUUCUACUGUACGUGCUGUUAAUAAGUGCAGCAUCGAAAUUGCACUUUGCACUAUUUUUAAGUAAUUUUCUUAUUGAUAUUAAGGAUUUUUAAUUAAAAUAAACAAAACACUCAAAAUUACACGUCCACAGUGGGAUAUUUGACGUGUUAUAACUGCAUAUGUUCGUCAUAUGUAAAAUACGCGGUAUUUUAUGAAGGGUCACUAUAGUGGCCCGUAGUAUCUCAGUAGCAUCUUAUGGAGGGCCAUUUUAGUGGCCAGUAGUAUCUCAGUAGCAUCUUAUGGAGGGCCACUUUAGUGGUUCGUAGUAGUGAAAGGGUUAAACGGAAGAUCCAUACACACAUACACAUACACAUCAUUCUUCGAGAGACAUGUUCACAUUAUACAUUAUAAAAUUCAUUUUUUUUUAACACGACAUGUUCACAUAUGAAAAUAUAAGAUCGAUAUUACUAAUUACAAAUGGUUAGAGAAGCCUUGAAAAAUGCUACUAACGUUUAGUGCGAUAGAUUAUAUUUAAUGAGUCUUUUAAAACGUAUGUUUAAUAAGCUUGAUUAAGAAAAUACACAUACACACACAUAUAUAUAUAUAUAUAAAAUUAUGUAUAAAAUGGGCAUUUCGCGUUCGCCACAUGAAAGACAAAAAGUGAAAUAAUGCUUGAAAUAAUUAAUAUAGAAUAAUAUAUUAACCCUAGUGAUAUUCCCUAUGCGUGCUAGUUAUCUCGUACAAAUCUUGACCGAUGAUGAUCGCACUAGGAGUCUCCAAAUUUUAAGACGAAAAAGGUCGUUUAACAUGGUGCGCUCAUUUACUACACGUGGCAGAAGUGUAAAAAAAAAAGGCUGUUCAAAAACUUUCGACGAGAAGCAAUUCCUCUUGUUUAUUUUCUUGUUCUUUUUACGAGCAACGAAUUGGGUCAAAGCAGCUGCUCGUUUCGAGAAAGUAACCGGGUGUUCGAGGAUUUCAUCGUGGAGCCAUAUUGGAUCCAGAUAAACACUGCCCUGGGGUGGCCUAUCGAUGCUUAGGCCUUUUUCUCUGACCUUCCUCGAAUUUUUUUACAUUUCAAUCGAGACGAGCAAGAAAAAUCGUUGGGAUUUGUCCAAUCUCGUUACACAACUAUGUAUUUUAAAAUAAAUCUUCUCUUGAUUUCGUUAGAACGAAAAUAAGAAUGUCGAAGUUUACUGUAUAAGAAAAUAAAAAAAAAAAAAAUAAAAAAUUAGAAAAUUAAUUUGAUCAUUAAUAGAAGAAUUUGUGUUAACGUCAAUUGAUUGUAUUUCAUUUUCUUUCAAAAAAAUUCUAAUAUUAUUUAUCAAAAGUGAUCUAUCCUUCCAAAAAAAGAUAUAAGCCAAGAUAAACUACGUUGUUAUACGUGUAACCGCUUGUAUAGAUAAUUUCUGUAAAAAUCAAAUGAUAUACUUCACGAUAAGGUGUAGGUAUUUCCGUAUAGCUUAUUUGCCGCUACGCAUGAUCGAAAUUGAACGUAACCCGCUGAACACGGGGAUAUAUGGAAUGCCCGGUAAGCACAAUAAGCGCUAAGUAAGCGCAAAAUAAGCUUAAAGUAAGCGCAGAUCCAAUGGAUUCGUAGAUGCAUGGAUAAAUGGGUGAAAUAUUUAUGACUAUAUGCAUGAGUGUAUGUGUAUGUAUGAUUACGAAAGAGUGAGUGUUUGUCCUGUGUGAUGUAUAAAUGUGUACAUGGAAAAAUUCACACUUUAUAAUAUUGUGAUUUUCUCGUCAAUAUUAUUAAUUAUUAUUAUUAUUUAAUACAUGAUGUAUCUAAGAAACAAACAAAAAACAAAAAAAAAACCAAACUAAUUAUUAUUAUUAAGUUGUUAUAUUUUUACCGAAUGAUAAAUGCGCUAAUGAAGAGAAAUUUUUGGCACUUUUUUUGGAUAACUUCCAAAAUUCACUGCCAAUGUUAUUAGUCAUUUUCUUCUUUUUGCGAAUGAAAAAAAAAAAUGCUCGAAAGAAUUUUGAAUAAAUACAUUUUUUUUUUUUUUCGAUGGACGUCAUCACACAUACAAAGCCAAAAAA